AUGGAAACUACAAAAAAAUAUUGGAAUGGAACGCAGAAAGAAAAAGUGAAUGGGGGCAAAUGCAAUCAAACUGUGCCCUUGGCAUCAAACAUUGCUGCCAUGGGAAUUACUGGAUCUGCUGAGGAGAAAGGAGAUCUAAAUAAACCAAUCAGUCUUUCCAUGCUUCUCGUGGCUUAUCUUGACACCAUGCUCUGGUUUAGCCAACUUGAAUGCGAUAUAACGCAUGGAGAUCCCGGACAAUUACGUAUUCUACUACAAUCAGUUUGGACCUUUCUUCAUCAAGCACAAUAUCGACUCUCAAUGAAUUCAGAUUCCACGAUCCGCCUUACUCCUCGCCUUCGUCGGCGACUGGUUUGCAAAGGCUAUGACCAUGCCCUAGAUAACAAUGAAGCUGAAGCUUCAGUCCAAGGUCAGUCCGUUCUUCGCCUCCAUGCUUUUCUCAGGAAUUCUAUUUUUCACAUUCUGGAUUCAUGGAUGCUCACAGCUGUCGUUCCCGGUACUUUUACUGAACAGAACAAGUAA